AUGGCAAGUAGUCGUCCAAACAUUGAGCUGCCUCCUGGCAAGGAGGUGGUGAGUGUGAAAAUGAUCAACCCGGUCAAUUUUGGGCCUGCUAUCAUCAAACGGUUCAUGGAGCCCCCUAUCCCUUGGGUGGAAACAAAGAAACCCGGACCCGUUUUGACGUUCCUUUUGGAGCAUUCCUCAGGUGAAAAGCUGGUGUUUGAUCUUGGAAUCCGCAAGGAUUAUCAAAACUAUGCGCCUACCGUGGCAGACUAUAUACCCACAACGAAUUACGACAUACAAGUAUCAAAGAACGUGGUCGAUAUCCUGGAAGAGAAUGGAAUUCCUGGAGAAAGUAUUAAUGCGGUUAUCUGGAGCCACUGGCAUUGGGACCACAUAGGAGACCCAUCAAGUUUCCCUAGCAGCACUGAUUUGAUUGUGGGGUCCGGGUUUUCGGAUGCCAUGCUGCCUGGUUAUCCUGCUAAUCCCAAAUCCCCAAUCCGAGAAAGCGAUUAUGCUGGUCGAAACCUACGUGAGAUUCGAUUUGAUGGACCCGAUGCCCUGCGUAUUGGGAAAUUCCCUGCAGUCGAUUACUUCGGCGAUGGAUCUUUCUACCUCCUAGACAGCCCAGGACAUGCAAUCGGGCACCUAUGCGGUCUAGCGCGAACAACUGUCGACCCUCCUACCUUUGUCAUGAUGGGAGGAGACAUCUGCCAUUACGCAGGCAUCUUCCGUCCAUCCAAAUAUCUCCCUGUGCCUGCAUCAAUUUCCCCACAUCCAUAUAAUACACAAAGCGAUGUGCCUUUCUGCCCUGGAAGUAUUUUCGAUGAUUUACAGCACACUAGAGGAAGGAAACCAACAGAUACGGUAUACGAGAUGUGUUUCGGUCAUGAUGUCCCCCUUGCACAAAGGACUCGUGACCAAUUGCAAGAAUUGGACUGCGACGAAAACAUAUUUGUUAUUAUUGCACAUGAUUCAACCGUCAGAGAUGAGGUGGAUCACUUUCCAUUGAGUCUCAACAAUUGGAAGGAGAAGGGUUGGGCCCAGAAUGUCAAGUGGACUUGGUUUCGAGAUCUGGAACCCUUUUGGAAGUCGAAAGGCUUGUAA